AUGAUUCCUGCAACCAUGGACAAUUUCAUCUAUUCUCUCAAUACAUUCAACCAUCUCCUAGUGAGAAACUAUUCCCAAUGCGAUCUGCUCACCGAGAUCAUCAGGAAUGCCUCAUCCGUCAGCGACGACCAGACCAUCAAUGCCGCCACCAAGUUUCUCACAAAAUUCUUUAAAAAUCAUCAGAACCACAAGGAUUGGCUAUUUCAAACCAAUGUUUUGAAAGAGAUCAUCAAUUCUUACAGUCUCCUCACCCUCCACAAUAACCUUGAGGCGAUGAUGAGUCUUGAGAAGUUCCUUUUCGCAUUGGAACCGUCAAUGACACCGCUGGAGAAGGCCAUUGUUUCGGGUGAUUAUGGUUUAGGGAUUACCCUUUGGAAGAAAGUCUCUGAAUGCGGAUACCUGUAUCCCAUGUUCAAGAAUAUUUUGCUUAUUUAUUCGACUGUCGACGGUGACAUUCACAACCACCCGGAAAUCAUCAAGUUUCAUGUCCAGUUUAUCGAAAAAAAGAUCGUUCCAUUUUUAAAAAAACCCAAGAAUUUUACCAAACGGGGGGAUAUUGCAGUGGUAGUAUUCAGUAUGGAAUACCUUCAAGGAUUGUAUUCCGCCAAAAAGAAUUACCACCGUGAUUUGAUCAAGUUAUGUGAGGUGGUAUGCCAAAUGGUUCCGCCACUUCUUAGCCCAGUACAGAGUAUCACGAAUUUUAGCCAGAAGAAAAUCAAGUUUCAGGAUGAUGAGAUCGUUGCGUCGUGUUUUAGCUUUCUUACCACUGUGUACGUUGUCAAAGAGGCGAUCUUGGCCAUCAAUUUGUUGAAUAUCGAAUGGCGAUUCUGGAGAACGUUGCGAGAAUACUUGGACGAACCAGUAUCUUCAAUUGUGAUGGAAAAAGUUGCGACUUUUGUCAAUGUGGUGAUGGUUCAGAAAUAUUAUAAGCGGAUGUACGGGUUCACCCUGAUAAAUGUUGCCAAUUUCACCAUCAACUGUAUAGCUCUGCUAGAUGUUUCAUCAAAGAAGGAGGCCAAAGGCGAAGGAUUAUUCAUUUUGUACUUGAAGAAUUACAUGAAGAUUCAAAAAAUUAUUAAAGAUGAUCGUCCAAACCAUACGAUGAGUAUUGGGGAUUUUGAGAUUAUCUCUCUGAAACUUAUCAGGUUUAUUUCCAUGACGAAGAACAAAUUAUUUUUUGAAGAUACCCAGAAAAUUCUCGAGGCUAUAACAAUAAUAAUCGAGGAUAAUGGAGCAAAUAAAUCAACUAAUUUACUCAAACAAUGCGCUUCGAUGCUACAGGAACCUAAUAAAUUGAAGCUCGUUGCGGAAUUCUUUUUGAAUUUACAGUCUUGCGAAGAAAGCGUGAGUAUUCUUGUUGCCGCAGGAUGUUUUGAUUCGUUCAUCAAGACAUGUAUUGGGGAGCUAUCUACUCAAAUCACCAACACCAACAGUUUUCCCAAAGACAUGGUCCCUCCAAUUAAUCUAAUACGUUAUAUUCUCAAAGUAUGCUUAUCAAGAAACAAAAUUACCUUACUUCGUCAACCACUCGAGUUUGUCCGAGAACAACACUACGCCGAGUCAAUUAUUAACAAUAUUGGGAAAUUGCAAAACCCUGAAGACUCAACCGAAUUGGUGUUAUUCCUCAUGGAAUUGCCAACAACAGAUAAUGCUAAUAUAACCUAUACUUCCGAAUUAUACUCCCUUGGAGACGAUCCCAUUAAACAAAAAGUGACUAACUUGAUCACCGCCAAAAUCCACAGUGUCAAUUCUCUGGAUUUCCUCUUUUGGCAACCAGAAUUGCUUCAGCAAAUGUUAUCGACCCCUAGUUCAUUACAGCUAUUAAAAGAGAUUUUUUACUAUAUGAACCGGGCAAACACCCCACAGUACUUCCAAUUGUUCCAACAAUUGGAUCUUUUAGGAACCAUGGUGUCCCCAGGAUUAGAGGACCCGGAGAUGGUGGACCACGCCCUUCUGAUCCUUGGGAUCUAUGUUGCUUACCCUAAUUGUCAUGAAUACGUCAUAUCCUCCGGGAUUCUUUCCAAGUUAGUGAUAUCCUUCAAUGUGCACUCUUGGUGGAUCGAAGAAACCAUGGCCAGUUUUUACCAGUUCAUGCUUGGUGAUGGUCAGGACGCGGUAUCCCCACAGAAUCUCGAACAUCUCGCAAACAUCGACGUAGUGGCUACCAUUAGAGGAAUCAUCGCGGUAGUGGACUCCAUGAAUAGUAAUGCCACUGAUGGAGUGAAUCAACUUAGACAGAGUGAAACCGGAUUAAGUUAUUUUGUGUGUCUCGUGAGUACCUUGAUGCAUUUUUCUGACCAGGUCAGAAGAAAUGUGUUUUACAAUUAUGGCACCCAGUUGAAUCGGUUGAUUGUGGAAUUAUUAGCCAUGCAUCACCGAGUCCAUUGGGACCAGAAUACUGUGAAUAUCUUGGGGGGAUUGGCAAGAGACGUCAAUGGAGGACGUCCGGUGGUGGUGAACGGGGAAUUUGUGGAUAUUGACAGGUUGAUAGAGGAGUGUCGGUAUUAG